AUGCCGAACCCUUACCAUGACGUGCUGUCGACGCCGCGAGGGACGAGUCGGAACCGCGAGAGGGAGAGGGACGUGAGUCCGCUACUGAGACCAGACAGAGCACGGGAGCUUAACCCUAGUCUGGAAGCCAGCUUUGAGGCCUUGCGACUGGAUAAGUCGAGGGAGGGUAGCGGAUUGGCUCAUUCGCGCGAGAGCAACGGAAUGUCCAUGGCCGAUCCCGGUUCGAGAGCGGAAUCGCUAAGAAUGGGUCACAACGGCCUCUCCCAGAUGCAUCCUCUCUCCGCAGGCCUCUCCGAUGUAAUGACGGGCAUGCCGUUGAGCAUGGACUUUAGCAUGCUCGAGAGCAUCAGCUCGUUGAACCGCACGACCGGCGGGCACAAGCACAUGACGCCGGGCAAGGCGCACCCCAUGGCGAUGUCGUCGCAACGGCCCAGCAUUCGUGUGUCGCACCUCGACGUCAGCGACGGGUCAAUGAGCAAUCUCGAACGAGCACUCGAAUACGCGAAGAAAAAAGUCGACGACGAGCUUCGCGUGUUCAUCAGCGACAUCGCCAAGCGGCUGAACCUCCCAGGCGCCGCGCCGCCCAGAACGCCUCCCAAGUCGCCUGUCUCUCCCACUAACGCCUACCCGUCAACGUUCACGUCGUUUUUGAUGUCGCCGGAAUCGUCCAGAUGGGAACAAGGGGCGCUCUAUCUUAAAGACCUAGCUGAGAAAUGCCUACGCAUGCACGCAGACGAGUUCGGAUCGGCGUGCGAAGACAUCGUGCACGAUCUGAACAUGGCCCGGCAGCAGCUUCCCAUGGGAACCCUAAAGCAGCUGCACAUGAAAAUGCUCUUCAUUCUCACGCGCUGCACGCGCCUGUUGCAGUCGCAGAAGGAAGCGGAGGCGGAGAUGCCGUACGGGGGAGUGUAUGGGGGGCCGUAUAGGGGCGCGGAGGUGUUAGCCACGCCGAUGGUUCGCAACCGCCCGCCUGGCUUGCCGUCGACGCUGCGAUCGCAAGCGUCGAUGGCGGCGACUCACUUCUCUUCGUUUACUAAAUCGAAGCCGUUGGAGCGUCCCGCGGAGCUCCCCGCGGAGCACUCCGCGAAGCACUCCGCGGAGCACUCCGCGGAGCAGCCGGCGGAGAAGACGCGGCUGCAGCGGCAGCAGCAGCAGCCGCAGCAGCCGCCGCAGCGGUCGAUCAUCCGGUGGGACUCGUGCCCCGCGCCGGCAGACUGGCGGGUGCGCGACCCCAAGGCGGAACAGAAGGGGGGCGCGGGGUUGGGGUUGGGCGCGCGGAAGGAUGAGGGGAAGCAGCGGAGCAAGAGCAAGUCGAAUAUGAUGGACGACUGGAGUGCCGCGGUAGCGGAGAUGAGAGGGGCUCUAGACGACGGUACCUACGUGCCCGGCGGGGAUUUUAACCAAGAGGAUAGCGCUGGCGCGAGUGCGAGUGCGAGCGCGAGUACUGGGUUCGGAACAGGUUUUGGGUCCGGGCUUGGUGCAGGGUCGAGUGCUGAUGGAGGUUCGGGAUUAGCGCACGCGGCGGGACCGCCCGCUCCGCCAGCUGACGCGGAGGUGCACGGGUCCACGAGCGCACGGGGGCUGCUGUGGGGGCGGGUGGCGGAGAUCCGCAAGGAGGAGGAGAUUCAGCGCGCCUUCCGCAGCCAGUCCGCGCGGGACAAGUCCUCCGCCUCCAGGUCGGGCGACUCUGCCACGUCGCUGGCGCCGGCAGAAGAGGCGGUAGCACCAGCGGGAACAGCGGUUCGGGAGAUGGGCCCAGCGGCAGACGCAGAGGUGGCGGCGGCGCUAGGUGUGGCGUUAGGCGCUGCGGGAGGAGCGGAGCCUGGGAUUGCAGCCGCCCUUUCCGCGGGAGCUGGCGCUGGGGCAACAGGGACCGGCGGAGCUUGGGGUGAGACGGGGGACACAAGCAUGGCGGGCGGGAGCAUGGCGGCUGCGCAGGAGGGGAUUAAGGGGAGUGAGGGAGUUGAGGGGAGGAAGGGAGGGGCGCGGCAGGGGCAGGGGGACGUGCGGCGGGAGGGGGAGUCGGAGAAGGCGCACAGACGAGGCGAGGGGCGCAGCAGCAGAGCGUGGGACGUGCGGAUUCCAAGCGGGGAGGACGAGCGGAUGGAGAGCCGGAGGCAUGGAGGGGCUAGAGAGCCGCCUUCCCCCUCGGGUAACCUUGCAGAGGACUUUGACGAUCUGCAUGAGAAAGCGAUGAUGAGAUCCGUGUCCGGGCGAAGAGUGCAGUAUAAGUAUGGGUACUGGGGCAAGGGAGAGAACGAGGAGGAGGAGGGCAUGGAUGGGAUGGUGCCAAACGAGGGCGAGCAGGAGUGUGUGGUGAUCUGUCGGAUUUGUGAAGAGGAGGUGAAUGUUACGCAGUUACAGGAGCACUCGCGGCUGUGCGCGCUCGCGAAUCGGUGCGACUCGGCGCAGUUUUCGAUUGACGAUCGGCUGAGGCGGCUAGCGGACGGCCUGGAUCACAUCUCCAACGAGCAGGUGUCGCGGCUGGGCGCCAUGUCGUUCCAACGAGUGCCGUCCAACUCGUCAUCUGCUGCUGGCGGGCCGGCGUCGUCUGGAGUACCUGCAGGGCUGGAUUCGCAUUCCCAGCAGGUGGGUUUGAUGGGGGUAGGGGGAGGUGCAGGGGCGAAGCAGGGCGGUGGCAGGUUUUUGUCUCCCUUGGGCAGCAGUAUGGUGUCUCAUGCAGACAUGCGCGAAGGGGACGAAGGCGGCGCAGCCGAGGGAAAAGGAGACGGAGGAGGGGAGGGGGCGGAUGGGUAUGAAGGAGAGGAGCAGCAGAUGCGCGAGCAAGACGCAGUGGAGCAGUGUAGCAGAGAAAACGGGUCGUUGCACCCGGGCGUUCCGAUAAGCCCCACAGAAGAUCACCCAGAGCAUCAACAUCACCCAGAACACCCAGAGCAUCAAGGCGCAGGGGGCAGCAGCAGCAACAACGUGUCUAACUGGUCGUACGUGAGCCACCACCUGCAGCAGCAGCAGCAGCAGCAGCAGCACAAGCUGCAGCAGCAGCAGCAGCAGCUGCAGGCAGCGGGCGAGGAGGGCUCCCAGUACGAGCCGUCCAUGAGCGCCGUGACGAGCAUGAGCGGCGCUACUUCCACCAGCGGGUUCCUAUCCGCGGGGACCGCGUCCCCCAUGCCCACGUCGCCGGCAGGGUCGGUGGGCACGAGAGGGGACGGCCAUGGGGGGUAUGGGAGCCCCGGGUCGUCGCUGCUGAAGAGUGCUCUGGCGGGAGGCGGGAGGGAGCUGAUGGAGGAGCACAUCCACAUGGUGGCUCAAGAGGAGAUCGCUCUGAUGGACGAUUUGGCGGACAUAGCACAGGACGUGGCGGACGUGUCACUGGAGGACGAGAAGCCCGAGGAGCUGCUGCUGACAGACAUGCGGGACCUCACGGACCUGCUUCGCACCAACAAUGCGCGCUUCCUCACCAUUGAUGUGUUCGGCCGCCGCAUCACCAAGCUGCUGCAGGAGAAGUACUACCGCCUAAGGGACAUCCUGGACCACCAGAUGUGCGCGGCAGCAAACAGUGCUCUGCAGGGCUAUGGGGGGGCGGAUGGGGGCGAUGCAAUGCAGUAUGCGGACGAGGACGGGGAGGACGUCUUGAACCUCUCCCGCAGCGCCCGCAGCACCCCGCCCAACGCCUCUAUGGGCGGCGGCAGCAGCAUCGGUGGCGGUGGCAUUGGUGGUUUUGCCGGUGGUGCUGGUGGCCCUGGUGGUGGUGGUGGCGGCGGCGGUGGUGGUGUGGCUGCGUCGUCGUCGUCGGCUUCGGCGGCGGGGCGGGAUCGCACGACGAUAGACGACUUUGAGCUGAUCAAGCCCAUCAGCAAGGGCGCGUAUGGGCGUGUGUUCCUGGCCAAGAAGAAGACCACGGGGGACCUCUUUGCCAUCAAGGUGCUGCGCAAGGCGGACAUGGUGCGCAAGAACGCGGUGGAGAGUGUGCAGGCAGAGUCAAAAGCGUCUUUCCGAGGUGUUGCGCAAGGCAAACAUGGUGCGCAAGAACGUGGUGGAGAGUGUGCAGGCAGAGUGCUGCGCAAGGCGGACAUGGUGCGCAAGAACGCGGUGGAGAGUGUGCAGGCGGAGAGAAACAUCCUCGCUUCCGUGCGCAGCCCCUUCGUGGUGCGGUGCUUCUACUCGUUCACGUGUCGGGAGAACCUCUAUCUGGUGAUGGAGUAUCUCAACGGGGGCGACCUCUUCUCGCUGCUGCAGAACCUCGGCUGCCUCGAGGAGCCCAUGGCCCGCGCCUACAUUGCUGAACUCGUGUUGGCGUUGGAGCAUCUGCAUGCGAGUGGCAUCAUCCACCGUGACCUCAAGCCUGACAACCUCCUCAUUGCAUACGAUGGCCACAUCAAGUUAACGGACUUUGGGCUUUCUCAGAUGGGUCUAUUCAACAGCACCGGUGACUUUGCCAUCGGCCCUCUCACCACCACAGGACCCUCUGAGCCCCCCUCACCCAACGUCACCGCCGCCGCCGCCGCCGCUGCAGCCUCUGCUUCCGCCUCCGCUGCUGCCGCUGCAGCUGCCCUCUCCGCCUCCUCCCACCCCCCAGCCGCCCUCGGCUUCCCCAAAUCCGGGUCGAUAGAUUCCGGCGCGUCUGUCUCGGCGUCUAUCCCCACAUCGCCUCUCUGGGCGGCGGACCGGGCGGCAGACUUCCCGCCCGCGCCGUCCGGUGCAUCGUCCCGCCCGUCGUCCUCUUCCGGCCGCACGUCGCCGUUUUCGGGGGUUCCGGGCGGCGUGGGGAUGGUGGGCGGCGGAGGGGGAGGGGGAGGUGCGGGAGGGAUGGGGGGCGGAUCGGCGUCGCCAGCGUGGAAGGCUGAGGUGGAGUCGUUGCAGGGUGCCGGGCGGAGUGCGUCGGCGGAUGUGGAGAAGAAGAAGGAGCAGACGGUGGGCACUCCGGACUAUCUCGCUCCGGAGAUUCUGCUUGGCACGGGCCAUGGCGCCACAGCGGAUUGGUGGGCGGUGGGAGUGAUGCUCUUUGAGCUGCUCUGCGGUGUUCCCCCCUUCAAUGCUCCCUCCCCUGAGAUCAUAUUUGACAACAUUCUGAACCGGGACAUUCCAUGGCCGGAGGUGCCUGAGGAGAUGUCCUACGAGGCCAUGGACCUCAUUGACAAGUACGUGCGCUUGCCCUCCGCUGAGAUGUCGUACGAGGCCAUGGACCUCAUUGAUAAGCUGCUGCAUCCGGAGCCGUCACUGCGGCUGGGAGCGAGGGGAGCAGAGGAGGCGGUGUUUGUGCCGAGUCCCGACAAUCCGCACGACACGGGCUACUUUUUGACGCGCGGGUGGCAGCAGGAGCCGGGCGGCAUGGACGGGGGGAACAUGGCGAUGGGCAUGGGCGAGAGCGAGAGCGCCAGCAGCGACGCCUGCAGCAGCACAUCUGCAGACGACUUUUACCAGGGCGAGCAGGGGGACGAGCCCGGGGACAUGAGGAACUUCUCAGACAAUGUCGCUGCUGCCUUCACCAACUUCUCCUUCAAGAACCUCUCCCAACUGGCUGAGAUCAACUAUGAGUUCCUGGGCCGGCAAAAGAGCCCUCCCAGCCAUCUCAAAACCAUGAAGCGGCGCGGGGCUGGUCUCAUCCUCGAUCUCCCCGACGAGGUGCUGACGUCUAUCAUUCUCGAAUCGCUGCUUCGGCGAUGCUCGGCUCUCGAGGAUAUCUCCGUGAUCAACGAUCGAGGGAAAUCGACGGUUGGCGAUGAGCUGCUGCUGGCCGUCGGAUCGAGAUGCUCGCAGCUGGAGCGGCUGAGCCUCGUGGGAUGCGAGGGGGUGACGGAUAAUGGAUGGAGGACGUUCAGUGCACAGUGCCGCGCGCUCAAGGCGCUCGAGCUCCGCCUUGUUUCCGCCAAAGCAGUCUGCCCGCCCCUCUCUGCCUUCCCCUCGCUGCUCUCCCUCACACUUUACCGCCUAGACGGCCUCCCAGUGCAAAUCUCCUCCCUCUCGCACUGCUCCUUCCUCACCUCCCUCUCCCUCUGGCACCUUACCGACCCGCUUCUCUCCUCCCUCUCCUCCUCCUCCCCCUCUCUCCCCGCCCUCCAAUCCUUCACCCUCACAUCAGCAUCAGUCACAACUUCCCUGGGAUCCCUCGGUGCUUUCCCUCUCCUCUCUUCACUCGCUCUCUGCCAAUGCUCGCAAAUUGGUCCCCCUGAAAUGCACUCUCUCUCGUGCUCCCUCCACACACUCACCCACCUGACCAUCCAAGACUGCCACAUGAUUCCCUCCUCUGCGGUGGCCGCUUUAACCGCUGCUAAUUCAUCUAUUGUGUCUCUCUCCCUCCGGGGCAACAGGCGUCUCUUCAGCCAUGUGGGGAUUGAGGCGGCACUUAAAUCCAUCGCCGGCGCUUUAGAAUCGCUGACGCUUAGUGGCAUGCCGAUGCUGAUUCCGGACGCUCUUGCUGGGUGCACGCGAUUGAAGUCACUAGGGUUGGAGUAUGGAAAGGGGUCCGUGUGGGAUAUUGCAGGCAUGCUGGGUGUAGGGAGCAUUGAGCCGCCUCGAGGAUCGUUGUUUGCUGUUGCUGGCAUUGUGAUUGAUUGGCUGGGUGACGUGCAGCAUGAAAGAGGAGGGAGGGGAGGAGGUGGUGGAGUGGGAGAAGGUGGGGAAGGAGGUGCAGGAAUAGGACGAGGAGAGGGACUAGAUGCAACUCUAGGCUUGAGCACGACUGCACCAGUGGACGCACCUGCUCCACCUUCAUACGUGGAGGCAAAAGUUGUGCCUUUGGAGUCCCUCUCUCUCCACUGCUUUGAGUUUCGCUCGGAUGUUUUUCUCUCCGUGGUUUCGACUUCCCCCUUCCCUCCACCUCCCUCACGCCACCCGUGUUUCCGUGCGUUUACGGAGCUGAGACGACUGUCCCUGCACGCUUGUUCGGGGCUUGAAGGAAGGGAUUUCCAUGAGAUUUUCCAGUCCUGUCCUCGUUUAGAGCAUCUCCUUGUGGACUACAAUGACGCGUUCUCCGACCGGGUGAUUUCGGAGUGUAGACUGGAAAGGCUCACACGUUUCAGUGUUGUAGCAUGUCCCAAGGUGACAGCAGAGAGUAUCGGGGGUAUUCUAGGGAGUUUCCCGAAGCUACGGUGGUUGAAGGUGGAGAAGGUGAAAGUCACAGAGAGAGCUAGAAGGGUGUUCCUGAGGGCUGGCAUGAUUAUACGAGUCGCGCUCAAGGCGCUGGACCUCCGCCUGGUCUCCGCCAAAGCAGUCUGCCCGCCCCUCUCCGCCUUCCCCUCGCUGCUUUCCCUCACGUUCUACCGCAUAGACGGCCUUCCAGUGCAAAUCUCCUCCCUCUCGCUCUGCUCCUCCCUCACCUCCCUCUCCCUCUGGCACCUCACAGACCAGCUCCUAUCCUCCCUCUCCCCCUCCUCCCCCUCUCUCUCCUCCCUCCAAUCUCGUACCCUCAAAUCAGCAUCAGUCAAAACCUCCCUGGGAUCCCUCGGUGCUUUCCCCCUUCUCUCCUCUCUCGCUCUCUGCACAUGCUCGCAAAUUGGUCCCCCUGAAAUGCACCCUCUCUCGCGCUCUCUCCACACACUCACUCACCUCACCAUACAAGACUGCCUCAUGAUUUCCUCCUCUGCACUGGCCGCUCUAACCGCUGCUAAUCCAUCUCUCGCGUCUCUUUCCCUCCAGGGCAGCUGGCGUCUCUUCAUGCCUGGAGUGAUUGAAGCGGCGCUUAAAUCCGCCGCCGGCGCUUUAGAAUCGCUGACGCUUAGCGGCGUGCCGAUGCUGAGCCAGGGCAUGCUUGAGGGGUGCACGCGAUUGAAGGCGCUGAGGUUGGAAUAUGGAAAAGGGUCCGUGCUUGAUGUUGCUGGUACGCUGUGUGGAGGAAGGCUUGAACCACGUCAGCGUUUGGUGAUUGAUAUUUCUGAUUUGUUUUUUGGAGGGGGGGGGGUUGGGAAUGGCGUGGAAGAGAAGGAAGGGAACAAAGUGUUGGAGAGGCAGCGGGUGGGGAAGGAGGAGCAGAUGGAGGAGGAAGGGGAGAGGCAACUGUUGUGCCUCUGGAAUCGCUCUGCCUCCACUGCUUCGCCUUUGCCCCGGAUGCUCGAGUCUCCCUACUCUCCACCUUCCCUAGGCCUCCCCCGUCGCUCAUCGCAUUCAGGCAAUUGA